AACAAAUUGCCAUGAAAUCUGAUAGGCCGUUCCUCGUCAGGCUACUCAACCCCGGUCAAGUGAUCACGUAAAAGUGCGGUAAUUCAACCUGCUGAGGCCGCUUCUACACAAAAAAAGAGGCGGGGACAAUGAGGCGGAAUUUAGGCUACUUCUUGAAGAAGCUUUCCGAGAGUUCACGAGCCACGGCGUGCUGUUGCCAUAGAGACACACAGCGACCACAGAUCGACGCGCCUGGAAACAAUGUAACAUUUUAUUAGGCUAUAACUUUAACAUUAUACUGUUGAUUUUAAACAUCGACUACAGGUUCAAAAUGUCAUGCACCCCGGCCAAGGGAAGGCUUGAAGUUUUGCAGAUCUACCGGCUGCUUCAGUGCGUCCAGGAUGGAGAAAAGCCGUACAUAGAGAAAUUAAUCAGCAUGGGUGUUGAUGAUCUCAUCAAUCUCACCGAGCCAUGUGAGGGGUACGGCGUCCUGCACCUGGUAUCAGUGGCCAACAAUCCCGACAUGCUGGAGUUCCUCGUAGCUCAGGGUGCCCGUCCAGAUGUGCAGGACAGGAGGGGGCGGACACCGCUGAUGCUGGCCGCAGAGCUCGGAUAUGAUGGUAUUGUGUCUCUACUGGCCAAGAAGAAUGCAGACAUGAAACUUGUCGACAAAGAUGGGAAAGGCUUGCUCUUCUACUGCAUCCACCCCACCAAAAGGCACAUGCGCUGCCUCCAGGUGGCCCUAAAAGGCAAUAUAGAUGUCAACAAUGUUUCAGAAACUGGGAUGCCAGUGUUCCUGCUGGCCUGCGAGCAAGCUCAGGACUGUGAGGGAAUGUGUCUCAGUAUCCUAGAGAGAGGAGCAGACCCCAAUGCCACAAAUCAAAAAACCGGUUUGACAGCUCUGAUGGAGGCCACCAGAGCAGGAGCAAUAGGUCUAGUGAGAGCCAUCCUCAAGAAAGGAGGAAAUGUCAAUGCUCUGGAUAAGAAGCGAUUCCACUCAGCUCACUUUGCGGCUGAAAAAGGCUUCUUUGAAAUCAUUAAGGUGCUGUCUGCAUAUGCAACAGAUUUUGGAGUGGUAACAACAGAGGGGGAUACACCGCUACACUUUGCUGCCUCUGGUGGCUACACAGAUUGCUGCAGGUUUCUAGCUCAAAGAGGAUGCAAUCCUAAACUGAAGAACCAAGAAGGUCUGCUUCCUCGUCAGAUUGCUAAGGAAUUUGGCCACAAAGCCACUGUAAAAGAGCUUAAGAAGGCAGAACGACUACAUGGAAAGUUCUCAAAAGGGAUGGGCGGCACAAAUGAACCAUGGGCUCUGACACUUCACGACUGGUCUCAUGAAAAUGAGAAUGCGCUAAGAAGUGCUUUCGAGUCAGCAUCAGACGGCAUCAGGGGAAUAGAGGUGGUGUCCAGGGUGACGUUUGUGUCUGUUCUUCAGAAACUGCACGCUCCUCUAGAUGAUAACCAAAUGCAUACUCUUCUGCUUGCUCUCGAUAAGAGAAGAGAGGGCUUUAUAAAUAUGAAUGACUUUCUAAGAGGACUCACAUAUCUUCCAAAGUUAUAUGUUAUGGCAUCUUAUGGGCCUAAGAAGAAGAAAGCAACCAAGUCAGGAAAGACCAAAAAGAAUAAGUUCAAUCUACCCAUGCCCAUCUGCACUGUCCCACCGGAUCUCUUGCAUCGCCGUGAUGAUGGUGGGCCACCGCAUUUUAUGAUUGAAAGCUACCAGCAUUUUACAGAUACCCACAGAUAUGACCGGGACCAUCGACCAGCACAUCCUAUCGAAGAUGACACAACGUGGUACAUCGAUGAGCCCGAAAAGAUAUACAUAAACAUGAACUACUGUGCUAAAACAGGAGAUAUUGAGUCUCUUAGGUUAGCACUCAUUCAAAAGGUUCCAGUAGAUGUGAAAGAUCGGUUCUACAAGACACCACUCAUGGCUGCAUGUGCAAGUGGGAACUUUGAAGUGGCAAAGUUCCUUCUUGAUAAUGGGGCUGACAUGAAUGCAUGUGAUCAGUUCAACUGGACUCCUCUGCAUCAUGCCUGUCAUGCAGGACAGCUGGACAUUAUAAAGUUGCUGCUGGAGGCGGGAGCUUAUGUGGACCCGCCCACUCUCAAUGGAGCCACUCCCCUAAUGAGAGCCAUCGAGAGCUGUAGGCCGUCCUGUGUGGAGUACCUCAUCAAAGCUGGGGCAAAGAUCAAUGCAGUAAAUAAGACAGAGCAAAAUUGCUUGGACGUUGCCCACGCUUAUGCAGACUUCAGAGUGGUGGAUUUGAUCCAGGCUAAGAUUAAUACGCUACCGAGACCUAAGGACAACAAGAAGCCACAGCCAGUCAAAGUCCAUCGCAAACCAACGCCGGCCUCAACCCCUAGCUCUACAAAAGAAAAGCAGGGCACCGUUCCCACUCCCACAGCCUCCUCAAACUCAGCAGUCAAGAAAGCAAUGAAGGAAGACAGUGUUAUCGUGCACAGCGCUCAGAUCACCAGCGGCAAGCUCAACAAAUUGGACAUCAGUUUUGUGCCAAGAACGACGUGGAAAAAUCAGCUAACCACAAGCGAGCUGAUGGAGAGGAAGGAAAGGAGGCGGCAGCGUUUCAGUUUUGAGGUGGACUUUGAUGACUUCAAGAUGCCAUUCAAUAAAAACAUUCAGAAGAAGUCCGUGGAGUUUGAACUUACUGAUUGAAAGGUGAAAACCUCAACAUCACAAUCUUUCCAAGUACUCCCUGGAACCUGCUUCAGUACUCUUGGUUGGGAAUCGCUGCUCUACAGCAACAUAAUCAAGCAGGAAGGGAAGCGUUCAUCAAAUUCAUGCACAUUAUGACACAACGUGGCUUGAGGACAUCCGCUUUCACCUCUUCACACGCUUUCUAUAUGAACGUGAGCAUCUCUGCAGGAAAAAAAAAUGAAGCUGCAGGUGACGCAUGAGGAGAGAAAACCCCCAUGUUUCCAUGGCAACAUGCAGGUGAAGGCAUCAAGGACUAAUCUGGUGUUCCAUCUAUGAAGCUUAAGCAUUGUUACACUAGUCUUCCCUUAAAUCCAUCACACACACUCGUUCACCAUUAUCUGGAUUCUGCUGAUGUCUCCAACUAAGCCUGAAAUGAUAAUGAUCACAAACAGGCAGGUUUGCCUCACCAAUCAGAACACUGCACUACUCACAGCGGAGAAGGAGAAA